CCGCCGCCGCAGCGGGUUCCGGGCCAAGCAUGGCGGAGUCGGAGGCGAUGCUGCGGCGGGUCCCGAGCCGCUCCUCCUGGCAGCGGGUCCGCAAAGCCCGACCCCACCUCCUCCUCAGCCGCCGCGGCCGUCGCCGGUUCGGGGUCCUGACCCGGGGCGAGCUGCGGCGCCUGCGGAAGCGGCUGCUGCGCGCGCACGCGUUGGGCGGCGACUGGAAGCUGGGCGCCCCCGCGGGCGCGCACGUGGCGGUAAAGUGCAAACUCCGGGCCCGCAGCCGCCCGGCGGCCCGCAGGCAGCCCGCGCCGAGCGGCCCGCCCGCGCCCUGCCCCCAGCUCUGCAGUCUGCUCAAUCCCCGCAACCACUCCACGCCCCAGAGCCGCUCCGGGCGCCCCGUGCAAAAGGUGUCACCGAACGUCACCCAGCCGGUGCGGGACCUCGGCUCGGGCCGCGUGCUGCUGAUGCUGCCACCCGGAGAGGGUUUUACUUUUAGUGGGAUCUGCCGUGUGACUUGCAUCUACGGCCAGUUGGAAGUAUACGGCCAUAUCAUCAAACAAGGCCAACCUCCCCAAGAUGUCUUUUCUGUCUACACCCACUCUUACCUGACCAUCAAUGGGGUUCCGUACUCAGAACCUGAGAAAAGUGAAAAGGGGGUCAGAAGGGAGAUCCGGGCCCUGCUCAAGCCUUACACGAAACUCGAUGACAGAGACUGGGCAGUGCGAUACUUUCCUCCCCUGGGCUGCAUUCUGAUUCUGGAACGGAUGCAGACUCGUUUUGUGGACUUCCUAAAGACCUAUAGGUGCUCCUCAUACGUGCUCCUGCAGGAGAACAUUCCUGCUCGGGUUAAUUCUGAGUUUGUAACUUUGAAGAAAAUUGGCAUCCGAAGACAGAAGAGAAAGAAAGGCAUCUGCUUGAGUGAGAGUGGACUUUGUGCCCUGGAAGAGCUGGUCAGUGUGUCUUGUGUAGAUGGCUGCCCUGUCAUCCUGUUGUGUGGCGCUUGUGACAUUGGAAAAUCAACGUUCAAUAGAAUACUGAUUAACCAGUUAUUAAAUAGCAUUCCCGGGGUUGACUAUUUGGAAUGCGAUCUGGGGCAGACAGAGUUCACUCCUCCUGGCUGUAUCUCUUUGCUUAACAUCACAGAACCACUUCUGGGACCACCUUACACUCACCAAAGGAAGCCGCAGAGGAUGGUGUAUUAUGGGAAGAUGAACUGUCACAAUGACUAUGAGAGUUACAUUGAGAUAGUAAAAUACGUGUUCAGAGAUUACAAGAGAGAGUUUCCGCUUGUCAUCAACACAAUGGGUUGGGUCUCAGGUGACGGGCUGCUACUGCUUGUGGACCUGAUCCGAGUGCUGACCCCCAACUAUGUCAUUCAGUUGUAUUCUGAUCGGGAUAAAUUUACGCCAACUCUCACCUCCGAAUACGUAGAGCUCACAGAUGGCCUGUAUACAAAAAGCAAGAUCAAAAGAUACCGAGGCUUUGACAUUCCAGAAUUUGGAGACAACUUGGAAUUUACUGAUGAAGAGAAAGAGUGUAUUCCACUUCCAGUCUUCACUGGACAUACAGUGAUGACUGUUAAGUCAGAAUUCUUAAGUAGUAAAAAUGAGAAAAACAGGGCCAAAUACAACAAGAUUUUUCGAGAUCUGGCAGUGUUGGGCUACCUUAGCCAGCUGAUGCUUCCUAUGCCAGAGCCACUUAGUCCUUUGCACAGCCUGACGCCCUAUCAGGUCCCCUUCAAUGCAGUCGCCAUCCGGAUCAUGCAUGCUGAUGUUGCACCUACCCACAUACUGUACGCUGUGAAUGCCAGCUGGGUCGGCCUUUGCAGGAUUGUGGAUGAGAUGAAAGGCUACCCUCAGGGCCCCAUCUUGCUUGCCCAGAACCCCAUAUGUGACUGCUUGGGCUUUGGUAUCUGCAGAGGCAUUGACAUGGAGAAGCGGCUCUACCACAUCCUCACCCCUCUGCCCCCGGAAGAGUUAAAAACUGUGAACUGUAUGCUGGUUGGUUCCAUUUCCAUCCCUCAUUGUAUUUUCAAGAACCAGCCCGGGCCCGAAGGGACAGUUCCUUACAUCACCACGGAGUAUAAGUUAAAUCUUCCUGGAGCAACAGAGAACAUUGGAGAGAGAACGUAUGGAAAUGCAGUCUCUAGACACAAAUUACGGCAAAGAAGAAAAUAAAGCCUGGGUGUGGAGAGAGACUUAUCUACCUGUGCACCUUGUCCUCAGGCCAAGUCAGCAGACUGAGUAGGCUGUGAGACUGCUGAUCCUGCUCACGCCCAGUGGUCAUGGAACUGGAAAAUGGACUGUGGUGAGAGUCGUUCAAGCCCCUCCAGUUUCUCCCCUCUGAGACAGGGUGCUCAGACUGGCCUCAAACUCUGGCUCCUCCUGUCUCCACUGUCCAUGGGCCGCAUUUCAGGCCUGUGCUGUGACACCAGCUCUCAGGCUUUUAAGCUGUUUGAUCUCAAACUUGGCUCCAGACCUCUUGACAACUGCUUGUCCCCGGUGUGGAGUGCCUCCUGAGAGCUCCAAAGCUGUGAAGAAAGCCGCAAUGUCCUCAGAGCAGGAAGAGGAAGGAAGGCCUUUCAGUUCUCCAAGGAAAUCGGGGCCACAAAAGUAUGCCUAGAAACUGGGCAGCAGGCAGGCCCACAAGUUCUCAGGCACAGCGCAUGGACUGCCUGAGACCUGAGCAGGCUCCGGACGGGAGUGAGGGUUACAUUGAACCAUGUAGACAUUAGCAACCAGGUGCUGAAUCAUUGGCCUGGUCCUUGCGUGCCAUCAAAUCUCCCACUGCUGUAAGUGUUAAGGAAUGUGUUUCAUCUGUUAAAUUCUGGGUUUUUUUAAUCAUGAGGCUUUAUGUUGAAGAACUUGCUCUGACAUCCAGAAAGUCUCCAGGUUAAUUAACAAAGGCUAUGGUUCCUUGAGUGUGGUAUGCUCUGACUGACUCUUACCUUGAGGCUCUAGGUACUGCCAUGGGGCCCACCAGCCUGGAAUGGACACGUGUAUGCCUGGCCUGGGCAAGCCUUUGCGAUCAAGGAUUUCUUCUAAGGACCCAGCAGCCACUGCAGGUGGAUGUUGUAAUCCGGAGUGACUGGGUCGGGUCAUUUUUGUGGUUGCAAACCAGGACACUGAGGCCGCCAGGCUGGCAGGAUGGAUCUGUUGAGACUCCACCUUCCAGCAGGAUCAUGAAAGACCAAGGCUGUGGAAGGCUCGCACCGUUGAUUAUCUCCAUCUUGUCUGUAGCCAUGGGAGUGUGCCCAGUCUCCUUUGCUUGGCACCAUCUUUGUGGCAGCCUCAGCAUCUGAAAAUCCUAUUAGGAAGCAGAGCUGCCACUAACUAGUCCCACCCUCCACCCGCCCAGUGUCUCUCUUGAGCUGUGGUGAGCCUUUCUGGCGGGAGGAGGCUCUUAACCUGCUGCCUAGGCAGGUCUCUGGGCCCUGGUCAUUCUCCUGCCUCUGCUUCCUGAGUGCUCGGAUCACAGAUGUGCGUCAUCUUAGCCUUGCAGAGACUUUUAGGACAGCUCUUGUCCUGUUCCCAAGAUCUUCACAAUAAUAAAGAUCCUGAAUACAGCUCUCA